GAGCUGUGGGGAGGGAGGGCGGCGCGCAUCCCUCCGCCGCCGGGACGGUUGCCAGGGCGACGGCUGCGUGGCAACGGGCUGGGAGCGGGGCCGCCCCGCGCAGAGCGGGCGCGCUGCCCUCUCCUCGCUGGAUGCUGCUGCGGCGGCCGCCCGGGAGCAGCCACGCUCCGCUCUCCGCCACCGGGUACCAACCAGGAGCCGCCGCCGGGGGCAGCGCUCGGCAGCCGCCGGGCCCAGGGGCAGCGCGGAGCGGCGCGGAGAUGAUGCCGCUGGUGCGGAGCGCCGGGGGCUCCCACCAGUGGCUGGCGAUCGUGUUCCUCGGCCUUUGCUGUCUCCUGCCCCCCGGGAGACUCGCCGCUCCGGGUGGGGAUUUCCCUGGAGCGGCUGUGGACAAUCUGGUGGUCAGGAAGGGGGACACGGCGGUGCUUAGGUGUUACUUGGAAGAUGGAGCUUCAAAAGGUGCCUGGCUGAAUCGGUCAAGUAUUAUUUUUGCUGGAAGUGAUAAGUGGUCAGUAGAUCCUCGAGUUUCAAUCGCAACAGCAAACAGAAGAGAAUAUAGCCUGCAGAUACAGGACGUAGAUGUGACAGAUGAUGGUCCAUACACUUGUUCUGUGCAAACUCAACACACGCCUAGAACGAUGCAGGUGCACUUAACAGUACAAGUCUCUCCGAAGAUAUAUCGUAUUUCGAGUGACCUCGUUGUGAACGAAGGAAGCAAUGUUACUCUGGUGUGCUUGGCCACAGGGAAGCCAGAGCCUUCCAUCUCUUGGAGACACAUCUCUCCAUCUGCAAAACCCUUUGAGAGCGGACAGUACCUGGACAUCUAUGGAAUUACAAGAGACCAGGCUGGGGAAUAUGAAUGCAGUGCAGAAAAUGAUGUCUCAGUCCCAGAUGUGAAAAAAGUAAAAGUCACAGUAAACUUUGCCCCCACAAUUCAGGAACUUAAAUCCAGCGGUGUGAUGCUUGGAGGGAAUGGACUGAUACGGUGCGAAGGUGCAGGAGUUCCUGCCCCGGUCUUUGAGUGGUACAAAGGAGAGAGGAAACUGAUCAAUGGUCAACAAGGAAUUACUAUUAAAAAUUAUAGUACAAGAUCACUUCUUACUGUUACCAAUGUGACAGAAGAGCAUUUUGGCAACUAUACAUGUGUCGCUGCCAACAAGCUAGGGACGACAAAUGCCAGCCUGCCUCUCAACCCUCCCAGUACAGCCCAGUAUGGGAUCACCGGUGACGCUGAAGUCCUCUUCUCCUGCUGGUACCUUGUGUUGACACUGUCCUCCCUUACCAGCAUAUUCUACCUGAAGAACAUCAUUCUGCACUAAGUGUAAAGACCCAUAAAAGGCUUUUAAGGAUUCUCUGAAAGUGCUGAUGACUGGAUCCAAUCUGGUAGAGUUUGUUAAAAGCAGCGUGGGAUAUAAUCAGCAGUGCUUACAUGGGGAUGAUCGCCUUCUGUAGAAUUGCUCAUUAUGUAAAUACUUUAAUUCUACUCCUUUUUUUGAUUAGCUGCAUUACGUCGUGAAGCAGUACACAUUGUCCUUUUUUAAGACGUGAAAGCUCUGAAAUUACUUUUAGAGGAUAUUAAUUGUGAUUUCAUGUUUGUAAUCUACAAGUUUUCAAAAGCAUUCAGUCAUGGUCUGCUGAGUUGCAGACCGUAGUUUACAGAAAAAAAAAUAUUGCAGUAAAAUGUGCUUCUUUAAGGCUGCAAUACAAAUAUUCAGUUCCCUUCCUAAAUAGCAUUCUAUCCACAUUUCACAGUAUUUUUUUUCUUUUUGAUAAAAAAAACAAAUAAUAUUGCCUUCAAAAUAUUUCUUCAAAAUAUUACACAUAUCUAGAUUUUCUUCUAGCAUGAUAUUCAGGUUUCAAGAAUAAGCCUUGUAUUAUAACUGCAUUGUGCAGUACUGCUUUCUGUUUUAUCUCCUUUUUCCUGCAAAUUCAGCAUGGGUGUGCCUUCAUAAAACACUACUUUCCUUUUCCUCUCCAACAAAUCUGGAAUGUGUUUUGGGACAUGCUAAAGCAUCCUUUUGAGCAUAAGAAAUCUCUAGUCAAGGACAGAGGUGCUAUUGGCUAAGAGUAAAACCUCCUCUCCCACUCCCAGGGGUUCACCAAACUGCUUCAGACUUAAUGUUUUUAGGCAAUCAGUUAAGGACAGUACCAACUCCUUUUCCUGUUUUCCAUUGACCACCACUAACUAGUAGAGAACUUCUGUAGAAACUAUUUUCCCAUUUCAAACCAGAACGCAAACCAUUUUGAGUCAUCUUUUGAACGUAGGAAAGUUUCCCUUAGUCAUUCUAUAUCAAUGUUCCUAACUGGCUGUAAAUGGGAGAAGCUAAACAGUUCCUUUUGUAUUACUGGUAAAAACUAUGUGAAUUGGUAUUUUUCUUGCACUUAAUUUUGUACUGGUUUGGCUAAUUUAGCAAUGAUAAAGGAUGCUUUUAAAUAUUAGAUAUCUGAAAAUACAUGAAGUAUCAAGCAGAAUUUUAUAUAUAUACAUAUACAUAUAUAUAUAUAAAAUACAUAUAUAUAUUAAAACAAGGUUGCUCCUAUAACUGUACUGAAGUGCAUGUUGCCAUCCAUGAUAAAAUCAUCUUUACAGGCAGGACUUUAUUACCGAUGUACUAACACUGUACAAGGAUCUUACUACAGCAGUUAAGAUUUCCUAGUACUGCAGUCUAUCAAAAUAACACUCUUUUCACUUGGUGAAGAAUCAGGUCUCAAAAUAGCAUUUAAUGCUACUAACUUUUUUUUGUUUAAAUAGCUUUGAACAGUACUAAUGCAAAAUAAUGCUCACAGUUUACAGCUGAAUUGAAGAAAGCCAUCUGUGUAAAUUGCUGGGCCAUGACUGUGGCCAACCACCCUUGAUUACAAGAUCCCUUGGUGACCCCAGAGAUCUUGACUUGCUUACAAAACAACUAUUGAUCACAAGAAUAAUAAAACCAUUAUUGAAUUUAUUAUUCCCCUGUUUUAUGAACUCCAGUAGGUGACACAGUUAUUAUAGUACAUCUUUUUCUCCUGACAAUAGGUUUUCAUAACUAGCAAUACCAGGUGAGCACUCUGCGUACUCAGCAGUUCCAAAUUCCCCCAUAUUUGAAAAGGCAGAUGCUGAGUUUCGUUAGUCUCAAUAUUUGCUAUCCGAUGCUAACGUGCAGAGAGAAUAUGCAGUGAAUCUGCUGUAGCAAAGGUAUAAACAGAAAUAUGUUGACUCCAAAAUAUGGCAAUGAAAUGUCCUGGGUCACUCUGCAUAUGUUUACUGACAGAUCGUACUAUUCCUGUUAUUCACAGCGGUGUGCUAAGCAGCUACUAUUUUCAGAAAUGUGGCAUUUUUUAAAGCCUUUGAUAACGUGAUAAUACUCAUUCUUUAAGGAAAUAGUAUAAACCCAAUUCAAAUUAUACUAUAUGUAGUCCUGAUAUUCUGAUCUCUCUUGUAUUGCAGCUUUAAAGUGUUGUAUGUUAGAAUCCAUUUGCUAGAAACAGUGGUGCUGCAGAAAGUAUUAUGUCGGUACAGUUUUAUGAUGAAAGAAAAAAGGAUCUGCAUAGCCUAACUCAUAUGCUUCAUCUCACAUAAAAUUGAGAGAUGUUUCUAUACUGUGGCUGGAUGAAAUUAUAUAUUUCAAUGAUAUAUUUUGUUUCAGUGAUUCCUGAUAUCUGGAACCUGGUAUUUCCAGCAACAGAAUAGAAUUAACAGCAGCUUUAUUAAAUAAUAAAUAUAUAUAUAUAAAAUUAA